UGGACUGUCACCAGCUUUUUCCUAGGGCAAAGGAUUGGUUCCCAGUGGCCAUCCACCCUGCAGGGAUCCAGCAUACAGUAGAUACCAGGGAAGAAGGAUAUGUGGACUUUGUGACCCUGUGUGAGCAAAGCUACCCCUUGCCACUCAUGUGCAUCAUCUUCUUUAAGUUUGAUCCUCGACCUGCUUCCAAAAAUGCAUACAGAGGAGAGACCAGAGAGGCAGGCCAGGCUCGAGGAGGUGAUCCUGAACAGCCCCUAGCAAAGCUUAUCUUGGCAGCCAACAGGGAUGAAUUCUACCACAGACCAUCCAAGCUAGCCGACUUCUGGGGCAACAACAAUGAGAUUCUCAGUGGGCUCGACAUGGAAGAAGGCAGGGAAGGAGGCACAUGGCUGGGCAUCAGCACACGAGGGAAGCUAGGGGCGCUUACCAACUACCUGCAGCCACAGCUGGACCGAGAUACCCGUGGCAGAGGUGAACUUGUAACCAACUUUCUGACCACUGACAUGGAUAGCUUGUCCUACCUGAAGAAGGUCUCCCAGGAGGGCCACCUGUACAAUGGCUUUAACCUCAUAGCAGCUGACCUGAGCACAGCAAAAGGAGAUGUCGUUUGUUACUAUGGAAACCGGGGAGAGCCUGAGCCCAUUGUCCUGAUGCCAGGAACCUAUGGGCUGAGCAACGCACUGCUGGAGACGCCCUGGAGGAAGCUGUGUUUUGGCAAGCAGCUAUUCUUGGAGGCUGUGGAGCAGAGCCAGGCCCUCCACAAGGAUGCCCUUGUCGCUCAGCUUCUGGACGUGCUGAACAAUGAGGAGGCCCAGCUGCCAGACCCGGCCAUCGAGGACCAGGGCCAGGAGUAUGUACAGCCCAUACUGAGCAAGUAUGCAGCUGUAUGUGUCCGCUGCCCAGACUAUGGCACCAGAACAAACACCGUUAUCCUUGUGGAUGCAAAUGGUCAGGUGACCUUCACAGAGCGCAGCAUGCUGGACAAGGAUCCCUCCCGCUGGGAGACCACCACCCACGAGUUCAUGCUUCAGAGCUAACAGGGCUUCCGGGAGGUCCUGCCUCAAGGCCAGUGUGGACUAGAAUCGUCAUGGCCAUACUGUGCUGCCCAUAACUCAGCCAGUGUUCUUCAGGCCCAGUGCCCUCUGAUCUGUGUGUUAUCUGUCUGUGUCUCUCUACCCAGCUCAGGUGCUAGGCCUGUGCAGGCCCAUGUAUGCCAUACAUUGACAAUGUACCUGAGUCUACCCUGCCUGUUGUGCAUAGGCAAACACAUACAUGUAGGGGGCAUGUGUUAACACACUUACAUGCAUAAAUAUGCACAUGUGUACAUGGAUAGGUGCACAGGCACACAUAUGCACAUACAUGUAGCAGGCAAGCAGAAAAGUACUUCUCACCACACAUGCACUUCUAGUCAGUGGGUCUUUGCUCUGGUCAAGUGGCAAGGGUAAGCAUUUGUUUAAAUAGACCUUUUCUUUCCUGGGAGCACAGAGUACAACUGUAGUUCAGUUCCCCUACAACCAGACCUCCUGCAGAGGAGACAGGCCCCAUCAAAGAAGAUAUAAGAAAAACUCAUUUUUACAACUUAAGCACACCCUUAGCAGAGAUCCAGUGGUCUUGCAUGUGCCAGAGGGUCCUGUGUAUAUGGGGCAGUUUCCAUCUACAUUGGGUGAUUUUAGGAUGGUGUAGAUGUCUUCUGUAUCCUAGCAGGGUCUCUGUGUACCAGGGGUCCCAUGUACACUCCUCAUUCUGACCAGGGAGGGCAGAUGUGUGCUUGGGACUUUUAGGCCUCUUUCACUCGGGUGAACAUUGAGGGCUCUGCGCAGGCCUGUCUCAGCAAGGGGAUUUAGCUAACCCUUGCUGUCUCCCUUUUCCUUCUUGGAGAGUUCAGCUUCAUAAGAAUCUGAACUUAUGUGAGCUAUGGAUAAUAAAGCUUUGAGUCUGUGA